CAGAGUCUCUCGCCUAUCAUCCGGACGAGAAGGGAGCGUUUUUAAAUAGACUUGCCGAUUCCUGGUGCCCACUCAGUGUAGGUUCGAACGUUGCCCGAAGAACUUUGUGGAAACGGACGCAGGACGAAUCGGGCCAUCGCUAGAGCUGUUCCUGUUCCGCAAUGUGCGUUUGAAGUGAUCAUUUCGAAGAAGAUAGCUACCGGCUACCGGUGAACUAAGUUUACUCCAGUGCGCUCGGUGCGACCAUGCCGUCCGCGAACAAGGACAAAAUAUUCGGCGCGUGGAGCCGUAGUGACAGCACGGGAAACGUGUACUUAUCAAACAACAACAGCGCGGACAGUUUGGCGAAAAUGUUCUCCCGCACGGCUCCGUCGAGUCCACGGUGGACACCGUACGGUUCGAGACACAACUCGCCCCCGAUGCCGAGCUCUCCGCUGUCGUCCUCCCCGCCGACGACACUGCGGCGGAACUACUCGAGCACGUUCACGCUCAUCCCCGAGGACCGGGCCAUCGAUCCGGUUUCGCCAACCGUCCCCAGCCGGCCCGGUCCGCCCGCGGCGGCGGCCGGACGCACGUCCAACGGGCGUAUUCUGGUGCGGCUGGUGCUGUGGUGGCCGCUGCUGCUCAUUACCAUCGCCCAGCGCAUCCUCGGCUUCUGCAUGCACCUGGCCUGGAAGCCCUUCCUGAUGGCGGCCCCAGCUUUCUGGCUGUCGGCCUGCCUGUGGAUGUUCUGGAAGCUGAUCACGCUGCCACUGGCCGGCAUGAAGUGGGUACUCGUCUCGCUGCACACCCCGGCGCACGAGCGAAACCGCAAGAAACGCACCAUUCUGCUCAGCUGUGGCAGCACGAUCCAGACGCUGCACCUGGCCCGCAAUUUCUACAAAUCCGGUGCCCGGGUCGUGGUGUUCGAGUUUGAGGGCCUGUUCGCCCUGGCCCGCUUCUCGACGGCCGUGAGCAAGUUUUACACCAUCCAGCGGCCGACACCGGAAACGGCCAACGAGUACAUCGCGGCCCUGUGUGAGAUCGUUGAAAAGGAGCAACCAACCCACUUCAUCCCGGUGUGCGCUACGAGCCCGGCGCACUACGAUGCGCUGGCCAAACCCCACCUGGAGCUGCGCGGCUGCUCCAGCUUCAUACCGGGUGCCCAAGAGACGUACGUCCUGGACGAUAUUCUGCAAGUUAUGCGCAAGUGUGACGCGAACGAGAUCUUGCUGCCACCGCACCAGGUCGUUAGCUCGAAAGAGGAACUGCACCGACUGUACGAUAGUGGCUGGCUGUCCGGGUUCCGGAACGUGAUGAUUGCGUCCGGAAUGCUGGGUCUGCUGGAGCGCAGCAAGUACGUCCUGCCGGCCAACCGGCGCGACCUCAAGCUCGGGUACGAAGUGAGCGAGGGCCAGAAGUGGGUCGUUAUCCGGGAUGUGCUCGGUUCGCACUACGUCACGUGCACCACGGUGAAGGACUCGACGGUGAUCGCGAACGUGACGUGUGCCAUCCAGAGUGAUACCCGCAGCCUGGUUCCGGAGGAAAAUGCCGCGAUCGAGCAGUGGCUGAACGAGUUCUUCCGCCGCAUACGACUGCAACGCCCCAUCAAUGGCCACAUCAGCUUCCGGCUGGUGAAGUGCCAGUGCAGCGGGCAGAUCCUUCCACUCGGUAUCCGGGUCGGCGUGUCGCUGCCCUACAUCUGCUACACCGGCGUCCACUCGCGCGUGCUCUGCAAACCGUGCCCGCACUUUAGCCGCCAGAACUCGGGACCACUGGUGCAGGAGGGCGGUCGCUACUGGAUCCACGAGACGGUCUUGAACGUUCUGCGGCAGCCGAGUGUCGACACGGUGCAGCAGCUCAUCGGCACCGUGAUCGACCAGCGAGAGGCUCUCUUCGUGUACUGGGACCCCCUGCCGUACUGCGCCUAUUACCACUUUCAGCUACCCUUCAACUCCGUCAAACGGUUCCUGCACAAACGGCAAGCAUCGCGGACGUCCGUGCCAGCAAUGGCGGCACCGGUGCAAUGAGCUAUGCUCGCCACGUUCGCGCUCGUGUGUCUGUGUGUGUGCGUGAGAUUGUGGGCGUGAGUGAGGAUCGAUGGAGACCCACGGAAGUGGGCUGGCGAAAAUGAAGCUUCGAAAUAUGUGGACCACGGAUCGGCGGCGUGACAGACGGAUGAGGGAUCACGCUGGAAAGCACGUGUCCCCCGCGGUACUUGUUACCAGUGGCCUAGCCCCAGUGGCCGUGGAGGCAAAACUCAACCACGUUGGAUUGUGGUGAUCAUGUGAAAAUAAACAAUCGGGGCGGGGGCACCACCGCCAAGCGAACCGGAACUCUCCGUCGAGCCACGACGAUGCUCGGCGGUGAUGAAAAUCAGCAACAGUGAUGAAAACAAGUUAAACGAAAACACACCCAUGGAGAGAGAAUUACUAGACUUUGAUCACAAUCUGCUACGGGACGGUACGGGACGUCGAAAGAGCCCCCGGAAGGUGAAGCAAAGGAGAUAAUCGUGCACGGCCACGGCGGCUGCAAGGACUUAUGCUGCGGCGGGAUGUUUGGGCGGGUGUGAAAAUGAAGAUCAAGAUUGAGACGUUGCGCACGUGCGGAAGGUAUUUGGGCCGCAUGACCAAAUGGGUCAGCAGCAGCAAAUAGAUUUAAGCGAAGAGUGUGCGAUGUGAACGAAAAGUGUCGACAAAACAGACAGACACCAGGAGACAGUUUGAGGCCCCAUUGCUGCGCAAUGUGGGAGCAUCGAAAGCUGGCUGGAAUUCGCGAAAUACGGCGAAGUUGUUUCAAACACAAUAACCUAGCAUUAAAGUGGACUCACGGUAGGAAUAGGUCGCCCUUUGCAUUAUUUGUUCUUUUCUACCCGAUCAAAUGUAGAGCCAAACGGAGUGAUCGCCUCUGCUCGCGGUUAUCGGUUGUAAGUUUGGCCCUGGCGUAUGGUAGGGCGAGUCCAAAUGAGUCAAUCAAGCAGUAAUCAGGGGCUUACGUGUACAUAUAGCAUUGAGGUAAAGGAAAAUAUUAAUCUACGGGCGAUAGCGCCGAGUGGCGACAGCAAAUCUAUGUGUUUCAAUGUGUGUGUUUACGUUCUUUUAAUGGAAGUUCCCGCCCUGCGAAUUCAUAGGUUGGAUCGUUGGAAAGAAAUCUUUGCGUGUUGCCAGCUGUCAUACACUGUCCAUCACGAGGCAAUAAUCUCAACAUUCAGCCCCGGAGGGUCAACGAACGAGCACAGCAUAAUGGCACAGCUUAUGCUGUGUCGUACGGCGAAGGAGAGCGCGCAAACAACAUUCCAACAAGUCGAGGAACUGGGCACUGUGCGAUGAUUUCGGAUGAUUCGUACCGAACGCACAAUAGCGAAGUGCCAACUGCACAGAGCAGGAAUGAACUGUACAGACUUGUUAUGCUUUAUACAUCAUUCUUUUAGUUCAUAGUUUUGCCUAUAUACAACGACCAGCGUUUGAACGCAGUAUCUAGUGAAAAAAAGGAUGGUACAAAUACAAAUGAAUACAUUUACACACAACAUAAAAUUGCAUAAUGAAUAAAAUUGCAU